AUGACACUAGUGUUAACGCCGAGCGGCCCGUCACAGGAAGCAAAAGCAGCGGGGUGGUGGCUGAUUGGCGACGGACGGCUGAGAAUGGCGACGGCGACGGAGUUGGACUCCGGUGGCGGCUCGAAGAGGCGGCGGACGGGCGAGGGAGGGGAGCGAGCGCAUCCAGGCGCGGGAGCGGCGGAGGAGGACAGUUUUUCGUCGCUGCCGGAGGCGCUGCGGCUGCACAUCCUCGGCCUCCUCCCGUUCAAAUCCGCCGUUCGCACGGGCGCGCUCUCCACCGGGUGGCGCGCGCUCUGGGCGCACCGCUGGCCGGCGCCCUCCUCGCUCGACCUCCGCCUCAAGACCCACGCGCCCCCGCCGCCGAUCCUCGAGUCCCUGGAGCGGCGCGGCCGGCGACGCCUCGACCGGUUCUCCCUGACGUUCCAGAUCGGCAAGGGGGACCUCAAGCCCGACGGCGUCCACCGCGUCCUGGACUACGCCGCCGCCUGCUCCGUCGCCGACCUCCACGUGGACUUCGCCCACCGGACCCUGGGCUUCAUUUUCAAGCUCCGCCUCCCUCAGGGCGACCCCCACCUCACGCGCCUCACCGUCGGCGACAUUCGCGUCGGCCUCUCCAAGCCCUUCUCCGCCCGCUCCCACACCUUCUCCGUCCUCGAGGUCAUCUGCCUCGAGGGCGUCACGCUCUCCGACCACACCGUCGAGAACCUGGUCGCCGCGUGCCCACUCCUCCGCACCCUCGACCUGCGCUACUGCGAUGGCAUCGAUUUCGUCAACGUCGAGACCGCCGGGCCUGAGGAGCCUCACCGUCGCGGAGUGCAGAGGGGUGAGAGACAUUUCUACCAUGGAGGCGCCCAGCCUUCGCUCCUUCCGCUACAGCGGCUCCUACAUCCGCGCCCUAACAAUCCCUGCCACCUGCGCGCUCGCCGACCUUUACCUAUGCUUCGGCGGACCUGCUGGUCGCCUCCGGCCUCUAGGCACCCCAGUCUGUUUCGAGUCUGCUUGGCCUGCAGGGGUGCCAAGAAAUUGGCUUCAGGCACUCACCAGCCUCUCAAACCUGACCGUGCUCACCCUCUGCAGCAGUGCCCUGCGGAGAGUGUCUGCCGAGGCUCGUGA